AAGUUCCACCCAGGAGAGAGAGACCUUCGGGCAGGUCUGACGCCAAGGAAUAUCUGCGGACUUGAGUCUGGGAGCAGACGGUGGCUGGUUGGAAGUGCGUGUUAAGAGUGAAAAUGCGCAAGAAACGUUCUGGGAUUCUACUUUUCUUCAGAGGAUUCCUUAGGCUGUUAAUAUCUCACUAGAGUUUUACCGGAGAGGAGUUGAGGCAGAAACUGAAGGGAAGCACGAAGCAACGAACAAAUAAACAAUGGACAAUGAUUUUUGGUUCGACUUCGUAGCCGGGUGGAUUGGAGGAUGCGCCGGUCUGGUCGUGGGACAUCCGUUAGAUACCAUCAAGGUUCGACAGCAGACUAUGGGGAAUGUACCAGUAGUCAAGGGCAUCAUCAACACAUUCAAAUUUGAAGGGGUGAGAGGCUUUUACAAAGGUAUGGGCUUCCCUCUACUGGCAACGGGAACAUUAAAUUCGAUCUUCUUCGGCGUCUAUGGCAACUGCUUGAGGUAUUUGUCCAAGGAUAAAGAAGCGCCGUCAUAUUUGCACAUCUGCUUGGCGGGAUGUGCAGGAGGGGUUUUCCAGCUAUCGGUGGCCUGUCCGGUCGACUUAGUCAAGAUUAAAAUGCAGAUGCAAACAGGCUCAGCUCAGGGCGUGUGGGGUGCACAUUAUGAAUCACAUUACAAGGGGCCAACAGCCUGCCUAAAAGACCUCUACAAAAUGGGUGGCAUCAGAGGCUGUUACACUGGACUGCAUUCUAUGCUAUACAGGGAUGUACCUUCAUUUGGGAUUUACAUGGUCCUCUACAUUUACUUCCUUCGAAGAAUUGCAGGAUCUGAGUCAAAGGCAGAUGCAAGUGCUUUGUUGGUGGCUGGUGGUUUAGCAGGUGUGUUAUCUUGGGCUUCAAUCCUUCCCCUAGAUGUUAUCAAGUCCCGAAUCCAGGGUGAUGAUCCAAACAAUCCAAAAUACAAGAAUGCAAUUGACUGCUUUGUGAAGAGCUACAAGCAGGAAGGAUUACGUGUAUUUGGGAAAGGGUUCACGAUGAUGAGUCUGAGAGCUUUUCCAACAAAUGCUGCCAUAUUUCUAGGUUAUGAAACUUCACUUAGUCUACUCAAAAGAUUUUCAAGUUCUACUGUAACAGAAGCAAUGUAGGAGAACCAAGCUUGCCUCUUUUGUUAUUAUCCUCUACUGUUGUCAGCAGCCAGUCUUUUAAGUCCCAUUGCCUUUGUGGUGAUGGUACCUCAUGACACUUGCUAUAACUUCAGAGUAUACAUUCAGCAGCAUGUAAAACAAGCAAAUAUUAAAAUGUACUGAUUUUUUUAAAUUCAAAAGAAUAGGUAUUCACAAUAAGUAAUGCUUGCGAUAACUAGUAAGUUUAUAUAUUAAAAAAAAUGUGUUUUAUUGGAAUAGCAUUGUUUUUCCUGCAAGCUUAUGAAUCACAAAUGGAAAGGACUAUAAAAUUUAGGCCAAAGGUUAAGCACUGGGAUCUAUGAGGUCAUUCAGCACUGCAAGAAAAAUUGAGAAUAAAAUGGUUUUAAAAAUGUAAAAAGUACAUAUAAGGAAAUCUCCCAGUUGCACCAUUUAAGAAUUGUCAGAUGGUGGAAAGUAUGUAUGAUAAAAGAGAAUAGAGAUAAAGGACAAAGAAUUAAAGAAAUUGCAGCUAGGGGCUGAAGGGACACAGUAGUGUCUACAGGGCAAUGUGUGAGGUGCACUGACAGCUCUAACCUUCUAAAUGGAUGGAGUUAUUCUUAAUGAAUUUGCCAACUGGAUUUGCUAGUUGGAAUCCACCAUUUACUCAAUGAAAACUGAACAAUAUCCAUGUUACAUUUAUAGAACAGAGGUGUAGAGAGGACUCACGCUCGUUACCUGUUCCACUUAGUUUUCCGAUACCUUACUGUAAGUAUAGAGAGUGACCCGUUUAACCUCUUCCCGCUCAACCCCGUGUAUUCUCGGGUUUAAGAUAACUGUCAUACUUCAGUAAGCCCGAAUAUACUCAAAAUUUUGUUAUCUCUUUCCUAGCAACUCCGAAUAAACUUGGCUUUAUUUAUAUUAGUCUCCCACCAUCAGUAAGCCAUUUUCUGUGGAUACAAGUGCCUUCUCAUAUAAAAUUGUAGCUAUUUUGGCGUUGCUUGGCCAUUUGAGAUGCAUCCUUUCAUCAGUCAGGACUUCUAUUGUUUUUGUGGAUUUUUCUUUUAUUAUUAUUAAUAGAACUAACAUGAGUAGUGAGAGUGAUUGUGAUACAGAGUAUUAUGAUGGAAUGGAUGAUUAAGGGAGCGAUAGUGAUGGUGAUACGACUUCAGAAUACGCACUCUUAUACUUCAGAUGAGGAGGAUGAUGGAUAAUAUUCCUGAUAACCAAGGCUGGCAAAGAAUAAUAAUUUCGGAUGAUAAACCACCGUCUCCCUCACAGCCAGCAUUUAUCAUGUCUAAUUAUUUUGUUAUACUGAAUUAUGAAAGAAUAAAAAUAUAGAUGAAAAUGCAAUAAAUACA